GUAGUUCCCACAACUGAUUCAUCAAUGGCAAAAUAUUUUUAGAGAUGAGUAUAUGAGCAAUAUAUGGGCUGUUUUUCAUGAUAUAAGAGCAGUGAGUUGUUAUAUUCGAUCAUUUGCUUCCAAUGAGCGUUUUAUCUGCCGUUGACGUGGCCGACCUGAAGAACUACAAAACCUAACCGGAAGUAGUCAAAGUAGUAUUUUGUCAGCUGCACAGAAGAGAUGAGACUUCUCCUCCGCUCCUCUUCCACCUUUAGGACUUUAUUUUCUCAGAGGCCUUUGAUAAACCCCCAGAGGCUUCGAGAACUGAGUGGUGCAGGGAUGCGUCUGGUGCAGUUUCAACGCCGUGGAGAUGUGGGAGGCAUCAGGGUGGGAGUGGAGCUGGCUGAGGGGCUCGGUGUAGUGGAUCUGAAGGCGUUUGACCCCUCGAUGCCUGCGACCAUGAGAGAGCUGCUGGAGCUGGGAGACGAGGGAAUGCAGCAUGCACAGAGGGCUGUGUCGUCUGGUCAGUGUGUGUUGGAGCGCUCAGACAUCCAGCUGCUAUCCCCUGUUUUGGCUCCAGAGAAGGUGGUGUGUGUGGGUAUGAAUUACAGAGACCACUGUCUGGAGCAGAAUGCCCCCAUCCCUAAAGAGCCAAUCGUUUUCAGCAAAUUCCCCAGCGCCAUCACUGGGCCGUUUGACGACAUCCUGCUUCCUUCAGAGAGCCAGGAGGUGGAUUGGGAGGUGGAGUUGGCAUUUGUGAUUGGACGAAAAGGAAAACACAUCAAGGAGGAAGACGCUCUCUCUUAUGUGGCUGGGUUCACUGUGGCCAAUGACGUCAGUGCGCGGGACUGGCAGAUGAAGCGCAACGGGAAGCAGUGGCUGCUGGGAAAAACGUUUGACAGCUUCUGUCCUCUUGGCCCUGCAUUAGUGACCACUGAUGCUGUGAAAGACCCUCACAACCUUGGCGUCCGCUGUCUGGUCAACGGAGACACAGUCCAGAGCAGCAACACGGAUCAGAUGAUCUUUAAGACGGAGGCACUGGUGGCCUGGGUCUCAAAGUUUGUGACAUUGACUCCAGGCGAUGUGUUCCUGACAGGUACUCCUCCAGGAGUGGGAGUGUUCAAAAAUCCACCCGUCUUCCUCAAGACAGGAGACAUUGUGGAGUGCCAGAUUGACCAGAUAGGCUCCAUAAUCAACAAAGUGGUCUAAACUCAACCUGCUGAAAAAACAAUCGCUGUAGGAUGGCCGGCUACACUGCACUUCUGAUCGACUGUUUCAUAAUAUUCACUGAAUGUUUUAUGUUUUCGUUCUGGGCAAAUGUGUGAAAAAUGCUGCAAAUGUAUACAAACGUUUGUGUCAUGAUUAAAGUUGUCUUCGUGAUACUGCUGUAAUCAGGGGUUGACAAACAUAUGGUGUUUUUAAUAUGUAAAACAAUGUAAUUAUGUGACUCAACAUGAGGCGCUCGACCCCAGUUAUUGAGUCAUCACAGGCAGUAAAAAUACCCUCUUAUCAAGAGCGGCUUACUCACACGAUACAGAGGGCACUGUGAACCUCCUCACCCUUUUUAAAAUGAACCAAAAACAAGUGUUUCUAAUUCUAAUGUUUCAGAUUCAGGGGGAUAUAUUGUAUAAAGAAUGUUUACCUCAGAGGACCCAGACCGCCCCAUCUUAAAAUAAAUCCAAAGUUCUCCGGAAUGAUAAGUAUUUAAUUAAACUGGUAAUGUGCCAUCAUCAGAAUUUGCCCCUUUCACUGCCUGGGAGAAAGUUCUUUAUUAAUCUGAUGAAUGUGUUUGCUUCAUUGUUCUGUAAAUCUCUAAAGGUUACAAACUUUUACAUCGACAGAGACAACUUUAGAGAAAUCAUCAAGUAUCUCUCCAUUUAAAUUCUUCUGUCGUAUGAUGAGGUGAACUGUUUGACCAUUUAAUGACUUACAAUAUCCUGCCGUGUGUGUGUCAGACUGCACACGGCAUGGUGAGACGGGUUAAUGGUCUUUCUGAAGGACACUUGGACAUGCAAAUAACAAGACCUACUAUGACACAUCAGCCAAAUUUACAUGAUGGAAUUUUUUCCACAUGUAAAAACAGAAUUAAUGUCUUCGGUCAAUCAGAUACUUUAUAUUCAGAGAGAUUGUUGGCAUAUGUUAAUCUGAAUCAUGAAAAAUCAAACCACUUCACCCCCCACCGACAGAUUUCUCUUUACCCUUUGAGAAAACCUUUUUUUUUUUCUGCAAGAUUAUUGGGUUGUUGCAUAUUUUAAAAAUAACAUCAGUUUUAAAGCUGAAAGUAAUUCACUUUAAAACGAAUGUACAGCCAUAUUUGGACAUAUAUGAAGAUGAUGCAGGAGUGUGUUGAAACUUUUUGAAAGGUGUUUAUUCAAAGUACAAUAAUUUUGGAGGAUAUUGUUUGUGAUGCGGUUGGAGUGAACUGUGUUAAAAUAAAAGGUGUUGGAAUAAAA